GCAACACUGUCGGACAUAAUUCGAUGACGGACCUCUUCGACUUCCUGUCCGGUUGUCAACAGAGGAGACCCACGCGUGUUUUCAGUCAGUCAAGAUGCCGAAGACUCAGAAAGGAAAAGCUGCGGAGAAAGUGGUUCAUCCGUACAGCAGGAAGGCUGCGUAUCUGGCCCGAGAAGAGAUCAGACUGAAGAAGAAGGACAGGCAGAAGACUGAGAAAGCAACGCGGUUGAACAACACCGGUGAGAGGCUGCUGUGGUUUCAGGGUCAGUUGGAUCCAACGAAGACGACUUACACAAGAAAAGAUGCCUGUGACAUUAUUGAAAGGUACCUCCACAGAUUUGAUUCAGAACUUGAGCAGAUUGAGCUCGUGAAUGGGAUCAAAGGUCGGCAGGGUCGUCUCCACGGCGCCAGAGAGGCCGUCAUCAAACAGACCAUUGAGCGAGAGCGGGUGCAGUACGAGGGCGUCGGAUUCGAGAUCCCAGACAUCCUGAACGCAAAGCAUCUGAAAACAUUCAGAGAGUGGACUGGAGAUUUGAAGAAACUCCCAAAUAUUAAACUGCGGAAGGUGUCUAACAAAGGUCUGGACACGAAGAAUGAGGAAGAAGAGAAACACGAGGCAGAAGACGAUCUCGAGGACGAUGAGGAUGACGACGAUGUGGAUGAUGAGCAGGUGGAUGAGAUGGUGCUGAUGUCAGACUCCCACUGAGACUUUUUGUGUGGAUCUGGAUGUGAGACUGACCUUAAACAAAGACUUCCAUAGAGAAAGGAAUGUUUGUGUGAGAAGAUGCUGCUACUCCACUUCUGUCCACAAGAUGGCGCUAAACCCUCCGAUGGAAAAGUAAAAUGUUCUCAAACUCACCUCCUUUUUACAUUUUGUUGCUUAGUAACAUCACAGCAGCCUUCAGAGGGGUUCUACAUUCAUGGUUUAUUGCACAAACAAAUAUGUGUUGUAUGUAACCUGAAUGCUCCGUUGUAUCCAAUCAGAUAGAAAAAAGGUUUUGGACAAAGAUGUUGCGGUGGAUUUAAGACACAGAGGAAGCUGUAUUUUCCGUGAUGUGCCGGGGACACUGGUAAAAAAAAAAACCCAAAUUAAACCAGUAUAAAAGUGGACAAGUGUAAACAACAGUCGCCUUUAGCAGAUUGACACAGUGUGCCAGUUCAAAUUGAAACGCUUUUAUGAUGUAAUGUAAAAACAUGAAGGGAUGGCAACACCGAAAGCUCUAGUUACAUCACUGUUUGAAUAACGGACCUCCAGAGCAGGACCACAUAAAGCUGCAAACUGUCAGAACAAAACAUCAUUAACACCGGGGCUACUUGAGAGUUUCUAUUUGAACAAAUAUCCUAAACUCUCUGAUGAUAAUAAAUAACUUUUUCAAAAUAUCACAUUGUUAGAUUUCAGACUCAGCUAAAUAUUUUUUUAGUUCAAAUAAUUUUUUCUCUAAUAAUAACAUCUGACUCUUUGGUGUCUGAAGACCUGAUUGUCCAGAAGGAGAGUUAAGGCCUCAGUAUGCUUCAAUCAAAGUGCUUGUCAGAUCGUCUUAGCAGCAGCAUCUGAAAUUUGGGCUACUUUGUGUAGCAAUUGGUUCAGUGUGCAAAGGUGUGAAAAAUUCUCCCAUUUUUCACUUUUCUUGUCCUGUCUCGAUCGGGAUGCUCUUGUAAAGCAGUUUGGUAAUCCCACUGAGACUUUUCCUGGUUAAAUAAAGGUUAAUAAAUGCAUUUUUUAAAAAUAAAGUGCAGCCACAUAAAUGCUUUUCAGUAGUGACUGUGCAUCCAUUACAGCACAGCACAAGAUGCACUUCCAGAUGUCUGCAUCUUUAGUUUCAAGUGUAUCCUCUUUAACCUUUCAACAAACAAUAUCUUGCUUCUUAGAAAACACACUUGAACACGAAAAUAAGAGAGGGGUGGAGUGCAACAGCUAAGUUAACCGUAAAGUGAAGUAGUUUAAUUGGUCCUUAUUUCAUAAUGGAAAAAACAAAGAACGCAACACAACAGCAGAUUUUAACAAACUGCUGAAAUCUGACCGACUCCACUGAAUACGUGAAGCUCAUAAAUAUCCAGAAUGUUUGAUCCGAGGGGAUUCGCUUUACGCCCUAACAGAACCUUUGUUGCUAAUUCCCCACAUCUCCUACUGCUAUUGUUGCUAUCGUAGACAACUAAAUAAAGUGUGUGGUUAUCACAG